AUUCUUCAAUCAUUUUUACAUUUUCCAGACUUUAAAAGAUAAGUUUAAAAACAAGAAAGCGGACUAAAAUAUGUAUUCGAUGACUGAUUACGAAACAAAAUCACUUCAUAAAUCAAAUGUUUCUGAAUCAUUUGACAAUCUCAGUCUCAGUAAUUGGACGGUAAAGAAGGAUUCUCCACCAGCUUCCAAUGAUGAGGAACCAUGCAAGGAACCCCCUAUCACAAAAUCUCUCAGUUCAAAUGCUCUUAUUCCGGAAUAUUUCAAGAAAACCUGCUUGUCUCCUAAAUCAAUAGAGCUUCGUGUAAUAUAUGAUGCUCCCACAUCGCAAGCAACCUAUCACUACUCGGUCACUUGGGAUGAGGAAUUUGAGGCGACUGAGGUCUCGGUAAGCCCCGCCAAGAUACAUCAAGAAGAAUUUACACCUGUCACUUCAAAAUGCGAUGGUCCUUGUCAAAGAGAGUUCCCAUCAAAUUUGCUGAACACUAUUGGAAGAUGUGACCACUACCUCUGCACUGCAUGCUAUGGACUUGUAAAAAACUCGGAUGGAACUAAUGGAUGCAGCUCUCGACAAUGCUUCUGGAAUGGGGAAAACUCCGAGACGGAGAUCUGCCAAAGACCAAGAGCUCGAUCUAUUUCAGAGAUGAGUUCAAACAGUUUGUGCUCAGAAGACUGCUCUCUGUUUUCCAUGACCCUUUCUGUCGUUUCCAUAAUUCCGAUUCAAGACAAUUCAAAAAUAAGAACAAUGUUGGUUGUAGUUGAAUCAAUUGAAGAAUAUGGAAUGUGCCAUACCUACGUUGAACUGAAUAUGAAUCCAUCCCUCAAACUAAUGGAUGCUAUUCGGAAAUUACUGUAUCGAAAACGGAAGAUAUUUGAAGAUUAUCUGCCCAAAUGUAGUCUGUACUUUGCAGUCAUUAUUAGUAGUGAGAAAGCAAAAAUUCGUCGAGUUAAGAAGAAGUUUUGGCCGAGUUUGUUGCUUAUGGAUAUUCCGAAACUUGGAGAUCGUAUCACAUUGGUAUUGGAUAUGGGUGAUUAUGUGAAGAAGGGAGCAGACAUCUACUUUAAAUGAUAACUUGUGAUGCAGUUUUUAAAAUAAAGCGAUUUGAAUUUGA